AUUGAACGAAUUACAUGGUGGCAUAGUGCAGCUAAGUUAAAGAAAUGGGAUCCAUUUUCGAAACACAUUCAUCUUCGUUCACUGAGCAAUAGCAAAGGAGUUAUUGACUUUUUGUUCACUCUUGGUAACGUUUCCAACGUGCCUCAUCAAUGGCGGACGCGUACUUCGUCUUCUUCCUUCUCCUUCCCGUUGCUCUUCUCGCCCUUCUCUACUUCCUCGUUCGCCCGCGCCCCGUCAAGAUCCCAAUCAAAAACCGCCACGUGUUCAUCACCGGCGGAUCCAGCGGCAUCGGCCUCGCCCUGGCGCACCGCGCGGCCGCCGAGGGCGCGCGAGUCUCCAUCCUGGCGCGGUCGCCGAAUAAGCUGGAGGAGGCGAGGAACGCGAUCCGCCUGGCGACGGGGAUCGACGUGGCGGUGUUCGCGGCGGACGUUAGGGACUACGACGUGGUGAAAAUGGCGGUGGACGCGGCGGGUCCGAUUGACGUGUUGCUGCUGAAUCACGGCGUGUUCGUGGCGCUGGAGCUUGAGAAGAUGGAAUUGAGUGAGGUGAAGUUCACGAUGGACGUGAAUUUGAUGGGAACAUUGAACCUAAUCAAAGCUGCGUUACCCGCUAUGAAGAAUCGGAAGGACCCUCUUCCUGCUUCCAUUGCUCUUGUUUCCUCACAGGCCGGUCAGGUGGGGAUUUAUGGUUAUGUAGCUUAUUCGGCAAGUAAAUUUGGCCUCCGUGGUUUAGCUGAAGCGUUGCAACAUGAGGUUAUAGCUGAUAAUAUUCAUGUUUCUUUGAUUUUUCCUCCAGACACGGAUACUCCUGGACUGGCAGAAGAAAACAAGAGGAAACCAGAGCUCACCAAAAUCAUUGCAGCCUCCUCUGGUUUUAUGAAAGCUGAAGAAGUUGCUAGGAAGGCUUUGGACGGCAUAAAAUGUGGAAAUUUUAUCAUUUCUUGCAAUUUGGAGGGAAUUGCACUUUCCCUAGCAACUGCAGGUUUAUCCCCACAAAGGUCUUUCUUGAUGGCAUUUGUUGAGGUUGUUGCUGCUGGAAUCCUGCGGAUUGUAGCGCUAUGUAUACAGUGGAGUUGGUAUGGAAGUAUUGAGAAAUGGCACAGCCAAAGGAAAGGUUCAUCCCGAAGGAGCUGAAAAACUGAGCUCUAUGCCCCGUUUUAGGAGAGUUAUAUGCAGAUAUUGGAUAUGGCUUUUUUCCACUUUGUUCUAGAACGAGAUUAAUAUAUGGAAAUUCAACAAAUGAGAACUUGAUAAACAUCAAGUUGUUCAAGUUUAUGGUUUCUGACUUUCAUUCCCUGGUACAUGAUAGAGGGAGUGAAAACUGAAAACUUAGUACAUCUCGCUUUUAACUCAGUGUUAUGCAACUGAAAUGAUUAGCAAUUUAGUAUCUUAAAUUUUGAACCACCCAUUUCCACCGUCCAACUUUUAACUGUAUCAAGUUGACCAUAAUUGUUUUUUCUCAUAGAAAAAAGGGUAUGCUUCCUAGUUCUUUAAAGUUUAUGCUGUUUUGCUUUCGUUGUCGUAGCUAUCUGUUUUAAUCGUGUGCCUUGUGAAGCAUGAGUGAAGAUUUCACUUGUGCAUUUAUCAUUUUUUAUUCCUCUGCAUGUUUUUGAAGGCGCAACAUUGAAA